GCCCCCCCCCCCCCCCCCCCCCUUUCGUUCAGACCGCUAGCUGUUGUCUCGCUCGCUGAGCCACUGAGCUCAGAGCACAGUGAGAGGAACAGAGCAAAAAUGUCGUCUCCUCCGCCAUUAUUAUCUUCUUCCUUUUCUUCUCUGCGCCUCUCUUCAUUCCUAGUCCUGGUCCUCUGUCUCGCCGGCGUAAGCUCCGCCGCCCCUGCCAAGAUCGGCAGCGGAUACCGUCUGGUCUCCGUCGAGGAGACGGCGGACGGAGGCCUUCUGGGCCUCCUCCAGGUCAACCAGAAGACCCCCGUCUACGGCCCCGACAUUCCUCUGUUGCAGCUCUACGUCAAGCAUGAGACGGAGAGCCGCCUGAGAGUUCACAUCACCGACGCCGAGAAGCCGAGGUGGGAGGUUCCGUACAACCUCCUCCCGAGGGAGCAGCCCCCGCCGCCGCUGAAGAAGGCCGCGCUAUGGAGGUCCAGGAAGGACUUGAACCCGACUACGGUUUCGGAGUACGCCGGCUCCGAGCUCAUCGUCAGCUUCACGGCCGACCCGUUCAGCUUCGCCGUCCGGCGGAAGUCGAACGGCCAGACGCUGUUCAACACGAGCUCUGGCGGGUCCGACCCGUACAGCAGCCUCGUGUUCAAGGACCAGUACCUGGAGGUGUCGACGGCGCUGCCGAAGGACGCGGCGCUGUUCGGGCUCGGGGAGAACACGCAGCCGCACGGGAUCAAGCUGUUCCCCGGGGAUCCCUACACGCUGUACACGACUGACGUCUCCGCCAUUAACCUGAACACCGAUCUGUACGGUUCCCACCCCGUGUACAUGGACCUCCGGAACGUCGGGGGGGAGGCGUACGCUCACGCCGUCCUGCUGCUAAACAGCAACGGGAUGGAUGUCUUCUACAGGGGCACUUCCCUAACGUACAAGGUGAUAGGGGGAGUUAUGGACUUCUACUUCUUCUCGGGGCCAAGUCCACUAGGAGUGGUCGAUCAAUACACACAGUUCAUUGGGAGACCUGCUCCCAUGCCUUACUGGGCCUUUGGAUUCCACCAGUGCCGAUGGGGUUACCACAACCUGUCUGUGAUUGAAGACGUUGUUGAAAACUACCAGAAGGCUCAGAUCCCGCUCGAUGUUAUAUGGAACGACGAUGACCACAUGGAUGGCAAGAAGGACUUCACCCUCAACCCUCUCAACUACCCCCGUCCGAAGCUCUUAGCCUUCCUCGAAAAGAUCCAUGCCCGGGGCAUGAAGUACGUUGUCAUUAUUGACCCGGGGAUUGGCAUCAACUCCACCUACGGCGUGUACCAGCGAGGAAUCGCCAAUGACGUGUUUAUCAAGUAUGAUGGGGAGCCAUAUGUGGCCCAGGUCUGGCCUGGAGCUGUUAACUUUCCGGACUUCCUCAACCCGAAGACUGUGGACUGGUGGGGCGACGAGAUCCGUAGAUUCCAUGAGCUUGUCCCCGUGGAUGGCUUAUGGAUUGAUAUGAAUGAAGUUUCCAAUUUCUGUUCAGGGAAGUGCACAGUUCCGAAGAACAAGCAGUGCCCUACUGGGACAGGACCGGGGUGGAUCUGUUGCUUGGACUGCAAGAAUAUUACCAACACGAGGUGGGAUGACCCACCCUACAAGAUAAAUGCAUCGGGGAUGCAAGUCCCGGUUGGGUUCAAGACCAUAGCCACUAGUGCCGUCCAUUACAAUGGUGUGUUGGAGUAUGAUGCUCACAGUCUCUAUGGUUUUUCACAAACCCUUGCAACUCAUAAGGCGCUUCAAGGGCUCGAGGGGAAGAGGCCAUUCAUCUUGUCCCGCUCGACCUAUGUUGGUUCAGGAAAGUAUGCGGCUCAUUGGACUGGAGAUAAUCAGGGGACAUGGGAAAAUUUGAGGUACUCAAUAUCGACGAUGUUGAAUUUUGGUAUAUUUGGAGUUCCAAUGGUUGGGGCAGAUAUAUGUGGGUUCUAUCCUCAGCCAACAGAGGAGCUCUGCAACCGUUGGAUUGAAGUCGGAGCAUUCUAUCCCUUCUCAAGGGACCAUGCGAAUUACUAUUCCCCGAGACAGGAGCUCUACCAGUGGGAAUCAGUUGCUGAGUCUGCCCGAAAUGCUCUGGGCAUGAGGUACCGGCUCUUGCCUUACCUGUACACUCUGAACUAUGAGGCUCAUACUACCGGGGCUCCCAUAGCGAGGCCGGUUUUCUUCUCGUUCCCGACUUAUAGCGAGAGCUAUGGUUUGAGCACUCAGUUCUUGCUCGGCAGCAGUGUCAUGGUGUCCCCUGUUCUCGAGCAGGGUAAGUCCCAGGUCACAGCACUCUUCCCACCAGGCACUUGGUACAGUCUGUUCGACAUGACACAGACCAUCGUUUCGAAAUCGGGGAAAUACGUGACCCUCGAUGCCCCCUUACACGUCGUCAAUGUUCAUGUCUAUGAGAACACCAUACUGCCGAUGCAACAGGGCGGGAUGAUUUCCAAGGAAGCCCGAACAACGCCUUUCAACCUCGUGGUGACGUUCCCUGCAGGCGCCAGCGAUGCCCAAGCCAAAGGGUCGCUGUUCCUCGACAAUGAUGAGCUUCCCGAGAUGAAGCUGGGGAGCGGGUCCUCCUCGUACAUUGACUUCUAUGCGACCCUCAGCUCAGGGAAAGUGAAGGUGUGGUCGAAGGUCCAGGAGGGCGACUUUGCGCUGAAGAACGGAUGGAUCAUAGGGAAGGUUUCAGUGCUGGGACUCGGCGGAAGCAGCACAUCGGCCCUUGAGAUCAACGGCGAUUAUCAGAUCGAAACCUCGAACGCGGAGGUGAACUUGUCGGACCAUAAGGUUGUGGAGGCAUCGGAUGGUGUCGGGGAUAUGAAGGCCACGAUGGUGGAGAUCACUGGCCUGAAAUUGCUCGUCGGGAAGAACUUUGAAAUGACAUGGAAGAUGGGAAUGAGAGGUUGAGGAACAAUGAAUUAGCCCGGCGCUGCCAUUUUGUUAGUGCAUUACAUAAUUGGGUUUGGUUUUUGGUUAUGGAUAGGAGAUGAGCUCGAGAAGAUCGUCAUGUUCAUCCCUUUCCAUGAGAGCAAAGCAAAAACCACCUUUGAGUGAGUGAGCGAGUGAUAGAUGCCAUCUGCUUCUUGCAUUUCUGUUAUGCUUAGAGCCCUUCGCAAAGUCCCGAAUAAUUAUUGAGCUAAAGUUAUUCUCCAUAUGAAAAUUUCAGCACGGGAUCGAGCGUUAACAUAAGCCGCUGUCCCGAACCAUUUCUUUUC